AUGUGCUUAUGACACAUUUCGUGUUUCUUGUGUAUCUCAGCUGCUUUGUUUUCACCUGUUCAAGGUUUCAGUGUGGACCUGGACCAGGUGAAGGGCCUGCCCCCGAGGUACACCAUGAACUUUGACGUGAGCUUUGAAAGUGCCCGCUGGCCACAGGGUGACGUGGAUGUGCUGCUGCCCGUCAAGGUAGCAGAAUGCCUCACGUAUAACAUCCGCCUCCAUGCCACUGUGUUGGAGCUGUCGCUCAACAUCUCCAAGAGCACUCUGGAGUUCUCUGAUAUCCUCGUUGGGCAGUGCCAGCUUGAGACAGUCCGGCUCUACAACUGGUUCCAAGUGCCCUGCAAAUGGUCCAUUACUGCCAUCAAGCCUGUUAUGAAGGUGAAGCACGGGCAGCAUUGAACACGUUAACUUCU